CCACCGUCGACGUCCAUCCGGAAAAUGUGAAUUUAAUAUUUCCCGGUGCUUUUUGGCACUUUUUUUGCACAACUUCUGCUUGCACUCGUCGGACAUGGGACGUCCCAAAAGCCACUCUAAAGACACGACUCGUCUUCUGAUACGCUGCUGCAGCACCCAGUAAAAAAAAAAAAAAAAAACUCCUCCAUGCACGCAUCCACCACGACUGCAAAAAGGAGAAGCACGUCAACGCUCGUUCUUUUCGCACAGCCCACCUUCAGCGACCAUGACGGCGAAGAACCGACAGAAGAGCAACGCCGGCGGCGAUAAAGCCCCGGCCGCCGCACCGCCGGCGCACAAGGAGGAAAAGUCCCAGAAAAGUAACGGGGUGAGCGGCUCCGCGGGCGGCCAGGGGCAAGCGCGCAAACCGGCGAACCAGGGGAGCUCGGGCACCCCGGCCUCUAAGGGGAACUCGGGGACCCCGACCCCUAAGGGGAACUCGGGGACCCCGUCCCCUAAGGGGAACUCGGGCACCCAGUCCCCUAAGGGGAGCUCGGGCACCCAGUCCGCUAAGGGGAACUCGGGCACCCAGUCCCCUAAGGGGAGCUCGGGCACCCAGUCCGCUAAGGGGAGCUCGGGCACCCAGUCCGCUAAGGGGAGCUCGGGCACCCAGUCCGCUAAGGGGAGCUCGGGCACCCAGUCCGCUAAGGGGAGCUCGGGCACCCAGUCCGCUAAGGGGAGCUCGGGCACCCAGUCCGCUAAGGGGAGCUCGGGCACCCAGGCCGCCCAGGCGCAGUCUCGCACCCCGGCCAAGAAGAGCGGCGGUUGCCUGGGGACCCUGGUCUCGGUCCUCUUCUACGGGGCCAUGAUCGCGGGCGCCGCCCUGGCCGCCUUCCACUUGCAGAAGGUGGUCGAGGAGAUCCGCCACACCAGCGCCAAACACGCGGAAAGCGCGCAGAGGAGCGCCGAGCUCGGCGGCAAAAUGGAGAGCGUCGUCCAACAGGUGGCAUCCCUGAAGGGCGUGGUGGACAGUCUGGAGUCGUCAAUGGGGGCUACUCGGGUGGAGCUGAAGGACGCCGUGGUUCGGAUGGCGCGGGGUGAGGAGGAGACCAGGCGGCUGGAGGAGGCCCUCCAGAAGCUCCAGAAGGACCUCCUGAAGGAGCUCGCCGAGGGCAUCAGCGAGGUGAAGGAAGCCCGAGAGCGCGACUUCUCCUCCCUGGAGACGACGGUGGAGCAGCGUCUGGAGGAGGUGAGCCGCUCGGUGCGCUCCAGCGUGGCCGAGUUCACGGGCGCCCAGGGCGAGGCCCAAAGCCAGCUGGCCGACCUCCAGGCCCGGCUGGGCGGCAUCGAAGACCCCGCCAUGGUCAAGCAGGAGCUGGCCGCCAUCGUGGAGGUGGUGGCCGAGAUCAGGGCGGCCAAGCAGGACGCCGACUCCACCGCCGAUUCCAUCCGUGAGCAGAUCAACUCGGUGAGGGAGGAGCUCCGGACGCGCAGCCAGGAAGUGGCAUCGCUUUCCCAGGAAGUGGAAUCCGUCAGGUCGGUGGUGCAGGACACGGUGGGAAGUCUCAAGCUGUCCGUGUCCGCCACCCAGACGGACGUCCAGGCCCUCAGGGACCAAACCGGCCCCCUGCUCGGCGGAUGGGAGCAGGCGGCCGAGGGCGUCCGCGACGUGGAGAGGAAGCUCGACGAGGUCGCCGCCCAGAUGCAGAAAAGAGCGGACGACGUGGAAGCCCGACUCAAAGCCUCGGAGGAGAGCGGGGAGUCCGCCGUCGCCAAGGUGGAGUCUCUGCUCUCCCAGUACGACACCCAGGAGAGCGCUCAGGUUGGGAAGGCCCCCUCCGAGAGGGAGCUGGAGGCCCUGAGCGAGCACCUGGAGGAGCUCCGGACCAACGUGGCGGCCGUCGGGGAGGCGCAGGACUCUCUGGCCACCACGGACUCGCUCAUGGCCCAGCGGGUGGAGGAGCUGGAGAGGCUGGCGGCCGAGGCGGGUGCCGAGAACGCCGCCAAGCUGGAGGAGCAACAGGGAGCCAUCGCCUCCAUCCAGACGGCCUUGGAGGAGGCCGCCCGGACGCUGGCGGCUUUGUCCGAGGCCGCCGCCCGGGCGCAAGAGUAGCAGCACCACCGCAAACCACAAAACAUUCUGUUCUUUGGUAGUAACUUGACGUUGCACACGUAGGACGAGACCAGAUGGAGGAGCUGGACUGGCUGAGCUGUGAAUUCAACACUCAAUCUGCACUGUUAGUUUCAUUUACUUUGUUUUCCAGCCUGCGCCAAAGAUGUUGUUUUUGUUUUUUAAAGUCAAAAGCAGUAAAGCUCUUGUUGAGCACGACGUUGUUUACUUUUGUGGCUGUUUUACAAUAAAAACACUCGUUGACCUAAA